CUGAUAAGGUCCAUAAGAUGGCGGACAAUACCGGAACGGAGAACUGAGCAGUAUUAAUUAGAAAUUAUGCUGGAUUAAUUAGAAUGAACUGAUAAUUGAUUCCCUUAUUUUUCGAUCGUAUGAUAUUUAUUUCGUAGGACGUUAGAUUUGAAUAAGUUAGAAAACUCGUACCAAUUUUAUUAUUGAUAACUUAUAAGAACAUGCGGGUAGAUCGAGACUUCUGACCGCCGUAAACACGCUUCCGAUCGAGUGCUACAAUUUUCGUUAAUCCUUCUACGGCGGCGAGCACUCUCCUAUUGUAAAUUAUUAAUUAUUAUAAAUCGGACAGCGGUGAAGGUAACUUCGGUACGAGAGGAUGCUUUACUUGGAAGAUUAUGUUGAAAUUUUCAAUUUUGAUGUUGCACCUACCGAUGAAAAUACCACAAAUGACACCAUUUAACUUUCUACAUCAACAAAUUUUCCACGAGAAAAGGACUACAUUCCUUCAUAGAAUGUUCAUAAUUUUUAGUGAUAGAGCAUCUCCCACAAGAAUUAAGGGACCGGUUCACUGAAAUGAGAGAAAUGGAUUUAGGUGUACAAAGUAUGUAUUCUAUGCGAUGCUCUCAUGCCUGUUUAUAUAAAUUUAUUCUAUGGAUAGUUUAGAGAAAAAAGUUAAGACAUUUUUUUCAAAUGCCAAAAAGAUGAAGCCUAAUGAAAAGGAAGCAGAGUAUGAAGCUAUUAGAAAAGAAUAUUAUAAAACUUUAGAAGAUGCGGAUGAGAAAGUACAUUUAGCUAAUCAAAUGUACGAUUUAGUAGACAGAUAUUUAAGAAGGCUAGAUCAAGAAUUACAUAAAUUUAAAAUGGAAUUAGAAGCUGAUAAUAAAGGAAUAACUGAAAUUUUGGAAAAAAGAUCUUUAGAGUUAGAUCAACCUUCUACGAAUAGCAGUCAAAAAGAAAAUCAUUAUAGUUUCACGCCUAGUAGAUCACGAGACAAUCAUGGUCAUUCUCGAUCAGAGAAAAGGAGAGAUUCCAAUACGUCUUCUACUUCUAUAGAGAAACGAUUAGCGAUAGAAAAAAUUCCUCCAAGUCUUCCUGAGUCCCGGCCCACAUCAACUAAUUCCGGACCAAUAAUAGCACCUACAAGCGUACCAUCAACCCCAUCCGCUAUUGUGAAUUCAGUUGGCUCUGUGAGCUAUAACCUUGGUCAUAUAGGCGCUGGUGGUAAUGCCAUAGCAGCAGCUGCUUCUCAAGCUAUAGCUGCAACACAACAAAUGCAACAAGGCAGGCGGACAGCUAGUUUAAAAGCUAGUUACGAGGCCAUUAAUAUAGGUGGUGUCCAUGCUGCCGAAUUUAGUAGAGAAUUAGCUGGAGCUGCUCAAACUGCUAUCGCAGCUAUCCACGAAACAACUAAAAAGCAUAAAAAGAAAGUAAAUCCCAUUCCAAGCUCAAGUGUCAUUGCUGCCACGGUUCAACAACCUGUAUCACCACCAAUCGUAACGACGACAACGACAACGACGGUCACGGAUUCAGAUAAUCCAGAUUGGACGUAUGAUCCUAAUGAACCAAGAUAUUGUAUAUGCAAUCAAGUAUCUUAUGGAGAUAUGGUUGCUUGCGAUAAUUCAGACUGCCCUUUCGAAUGGUUCCACUACCCAUGUGUUGGUAUUACUGCACCACCAAAAGGGAAGUGGUACUGUCCUCAAUGUACAUCUUCUAUGAAGAGACGAGGAGGUCGAAAAAAUUGAUUUCACUAUAAUUAGUGGAUAAGCUAUAAGGAUGGAUUGCUACCUACCUCUUAGGAACUGUUUAUCGGGUACCAACUUAGUUAGGAAUCUGUUAAUUUCAUUUUAUAUAAAUUUUUCAACGCGUUCAAAUUUAAGUCAUUACUUUUUAUUCGGGCUUGGUCUUGCGUAUUUAAGGUUUUGUGUUUCUGUUUAGUUAAGCAGAAAGCUGACCAAGAUAAAGAAGUUUUAGUGACACAUUUGAUCUUUCUCGCUGGACUUUUGAUUUUUACUGUGUUUUUAUUGUAGGAGAACUAAGGAAAUCAGUUGAGAUGAUGCGAACAGAAUAAUUAAAUUUACCCCUGUUGUAUUUUAUUAUUAAACUUUCAAUCAAUCUUUUUUUCUUUUUUA